UGCCUUCGGGGCUGGGCAGCAGCAAGCAUGGCCAGUCCAGGGGCCUCGGCACCCCUGCCCGAGUUACCAGAGAAGAACUGUGGGUACCGCGAGGUCCAGUACUGGGACCAGCGCUACCGGGGCGCUGCCGACUCUGCCCCCUACGAGUGGUUCGGGGACUUCUCUUCCUUCCGUGACCUCCUAGAGCCGGAGCUGAGGCCGGAGGACCGUAUCCUCGUGCUAGGCUGUGGAAACAGUGCCCUGAGCUACAAGUUAUUCCUUGGGGGCUUCCCUGAUGUGACCAGUGUGGAUUACUCAUCAGUAGUGGUGGCUGCCAUGCAGGCUCGAUAUGCCCAUGUGCCCACGCUGCGCUGGGAGACCAUGGAUGCACGGUCACUAGGCUUCUCCAGUGGCUCUUUUGACGUGGUGCUUGAGAAGGGCACGCUGGAUGCCCUGUUGACUGCAGAACAGGAUCCCUGGAAUGUGUCCUCUGAAGGUGUCCACACUGUGGACCAGGUGCUGAGUGAGAUGGUGGAGUACAAACGCGCCACGCUGCGGGAUGAAGACGCACCCGAGACCCCCGUAGAGGGCGGGGCCUCCCCGGACGCCGUGGAGGUGGGCAAGGGGGUCCUCCCUGUCUCACCAGGCCCCCGCCCUGGCAUGACGCCCGGCACACCCAGGAGCUCUGGGUUGCCCUGGAGGGUCACCUGCCCCCGCCUCGGCUCCAUCUCUGGCCUCUGCGCUAGGACUAUGCGUCUUUGCUUCAUGGCUCUGGAAACUGCCUGUGCCUUCACCCUCUUGGAGGACUUCUACGAUUGGAUCGCCUACCUGCAGCUUGCUAGCUCGAGGUCCUCCUCUGUUCCCCAGGUGGGAUUCCAGAAGAGGACAAGACACCUCUUGGGCUCCCACACCCAGCUGGAGCUGGUCUUGGCUGCUGUCUCUCUACUGCUGGCUGCACUGCUUCUGGGUUGCUUUGUGGCCCUGGGGGUCCAGUACCACAGAGACACAUCCCACAGCACUUGCCUCACAGAGGCCUGCAUUCGAGUGGCUGGAAAAAUCCUAGAGUCCCUGGAUCGUGGGGUGAGCCCCUGUGAGGACUUUUACCAGUUCUCUUGUGGAGGCUGGAUCCGGAGAAACCCUCUGCCUGAUGGGCGUUCUCGCUGGAACACCUUCAACAGCCUCUGGGACCAGAACCAGGCCAUGCUGAAGCACCUGCUUGAAAACGCCACCUUCAACUCCAGCAGCGAAGCUGAACGGAAGACGCAGCGCUUCUACCUCUCCUGCCUACAGGUGGAGCGCAUUGAGGAGCUGGGAGCCCAGCCGCUGCGAGACCUUAUUGACAAGAUUGGUGGUUGGAACAUUACGGGGCCCUGGGACCAGGACAACUUCAUGGAGGUGCUGAAGGCAGUAGCAGGGACGUACAGGGCCACCCCCUUCUUUACUGUCUACAUCAGUGCCGACUCUAAGAGUUCCAACAGCAAUGUCAUCCAGGUGGACCAGUCUGGGCUCUUUCUACCCUCCCGAGAUUACUACCUAAACAGGACUGCCAAUGAGAAAGUGCUUACUGCCUACCUGGACUACAUGGAGGAGCUGGGGGUGCUGCUGGGCGGACAGCCAGCCUCCACGCGGGAGCAGAUGCAGCAGGUGCUGGAGCUGGAGAUACAGUUGGCCAACAUCACGGUGCCUCAGGACCAGCGGCGGGAUGAGGAGAAGAUCUACCACAAGAUGAGCAUUGCAGAGCUGCAGACCCUGGCGCCUUCCGUGGACUGGCUGGAGUUCCUGUCCUUCUUGCUGUCACCGCUGGAGCUGGGUGAUUCUGAGCCCGUGGUGGUGUAUGGGAUGGAUUAUUUGCAGCAGGUGUCAGAGCUCAUCAACCGCACACAGCGAAGUGUCCUGAACAAUUACCUGAUCUGGAACCUGGUACAGAAGACAACUUCAAGCCUGGACCGCCGCUUUGAGUCUGCACAAGAGAAGCUGCUGGAGACCCUCUAUGGCACCAAGAAGUCCUGCACGCCGAGGUGGCAGACCUGCAUCUCCAACACGGAUGACGCCCUUGGCUUCGCUCUGGGCUCCCUCUUUGUGAAGGCCACGUUUGACCGGCAGAGUAAGGAAAUUGCAGAGGGGAUGAUCAGUGAGAUCCGGACCGCCUUUGAGGAGGCCCUGGGCCAGUUGGUUUGGAUGGAUGAGAUCACCCGCCAGGCCGCCAAGGAGAAAGCAGAGGCCAUCUAUGACAUGAUUGGUUUCCCGGACUUCAUCCUGGAGCCCAAAGAGCUGGAUGAUGUUUAUGAUGGGUACGAAGUGUCUGAAGAUUCCUUCUUCCAGAACAUGUUGAAUUUGUACAACUUCUCUGCUAAGGUGAUGGCUGACCAGCUCCGCAAGCCUCCCAGCCGGGACCAGUGGAGCAUGACCCCCCAGACAGUGAACGCCUACUACCUUCCAACCAAGAAUGAAAUCGUCUUCCCCGCUGGCAUCCUGCAGGCCCCCUUCUACGCCCGCAAUCACCCCAAGGCCCUGAACUUCGGUGGCAUCGGCGUGGUGAUGGGCCACGAGUUGACACAUGCCUUUGAUGACCAAGGGCGCGAGUAUGACAAGGAAGGGAACCUGCGGCCAUGGUGGCAGAAUGAGUCACUGGCAGCCUUCCGGAAUCACACGGCCUGCAUGGAGGAGCAGUAUAGCCAGUACCAGGUCAACGGGGAGAAGCUCAACGGCCGCCAGACGCUGGGGGAGAACAUCGCUGACAACGGAGGGCUUAAGGCUGCGUACAAUGCUUACAAAGCAUGGCUAAGAAAGCAUGGGGAGGAGCAGCAGCUGCCAGCGGUGGGGCUCACCAGCCACCAGCUCUUCUUCGUGGGAUUUGCCCAGGUGUGGUGCUCGGUCCGCACACCCGAGAGCUCUCACGAGGGGCUGGUGACCGACCCCCACAGUCCUGCCCGCUUCCGCGUGUUGGGCACCCUCUCCAAUUCCCGUGACUUCCUGCGGCACUUCGGCUGCCCUGUCGGCUCCCCUAUGAACUCAGGGCAGCUUUGUGAGGUGUGGUAG